CAAGAGGCUCAUUUUAUCUUAUUUUAAAGAUUUUAUUUAUUUUUAAAAUUUAUGUCAUUUUAUUUUAGAGAGAGAGAGAGAGUGUGUAUGAGCCAGGGAGAGGGGCAGAGGGAGAAAGAAAGAGAGAGAAUCUUCGGCAGGCUCCAUGCUCAAAAUGGAGGCUGAUGUGGGCCUUGAUCCCAUGACACUGAGACCACGACCCCAGCUGAAAUCAAGAGAGGGACGCUCAACCAACUGAGCCACCCAGGCACCCCAUCAGUGACGGUGAUUUUUAAGAAAGCUUUCCCUGGAUGCAAUAUGGAGAGUGGACUGGAGGGAAGAACUAACAGAUGUAGGAAUCCUAGUUUGGAGCUGUGGCCAUAAUGCAGGUGCCGUCCUCCGCUCAUGUAAAUGAUCAGUUGAUAUUUUGAACGUUGGGAGAUACGAGAAGGCGUGAAAAGUUCUGCGAGGAAAAGCUUCCAUCCGCCCGGUAAAAGGAUCUGUGAAGCCAGGAGUUAUUCAUAUCCUCCGCCAGGAUGGGCAUCAUUGUAAAAUCUACCUGCCAGUCUUUCCCAGGCUCAUGGACAGAUAUUAUCUACAUUUGUGAAUCACAGCUCUGUGGGGCUCAGCAGAGAUGCAGAUGAAAAAAAUCUGGGUGAAGGCGGUCAAGUCCUGUCUGACCUGCAUGGUGAACUAUUGUGAGGAGCACCUGCGGCCUCACCAGGAGAACAGCAAACUGCACAGCCACCAGCUGACCGAGCCCGUGAAGGACCGGGACCUGCGCACCUGCCCUGCCCACCGCAGCCCCCUGGUCGCCUUCUGCCGCCCCGAUGGGCAGUGCGUCUGCCAGGAGUGCGGCCAGGACGAGCACAGGGGCCACGCCUUGGUCUCCUUGGAUGCCGCCCGCAGGGACAAGGAGGCUGAACUUCGGGACACCCAGUUAGAGCUGGAACGGAAACUCAAGUUGAAUGAAAACGCCAUCGCCAGGCUCCAAGCCAACCACAAAUCCGUUUUGGUGUCAGUGUCGGAGGUGAAGGCGGUGGCCGAGGAGCAGUUUGGGGAGCUGCUUGCUGCUGUGAGGAAGGCCCAGACCGACGUGAUGCUCUUCUUGGAGGAGAAGGAGCAAGCAGCACUGAGCCAGGCCAGCGGCAUCCGGACGCAUCUGGAGCACAGGAGCGCACAGAUGGAGCGCAGGAGGCAGGGGCUGGAGAGCAUUGCCUCCAUCAGUAACACCGCCCUCUUCCUGGAGGAGUACUGCAAGUUUAAGAACACUGAGGACGGUGCCUUCCCGAGUGUUUACAUAGGACUCAAGGAUAAGCUCUCGGGCAUCCGCAAGGUCAUCACAGACUCCACUGUUCACUUAAUCCAGUUGCUACAGAACUACAAGGUCCAGCUCCAGGAUUUCUGCAAGGAAGAGGAAUAUGAUAUCAGAACUCAAGUGUCUGCCGUGGUCCAGCGCAAGUACUGGACCUCAAAACCUGAGCCCAGCACCCGGCACCAGUUCCUCCAGUAUGCAUGUGACAUCUCGUUUGACCCGGACACGGCACACAGGUACCUCCGGCUGCAGGAGGACAAUCGCAAGGUCACCAACACCACGCCCUGGGAGCAUCCCUACCCGGACCUCCCCAGCAGGUUUGUGCACUGGCGGCAGGUGCUGUCGCAGCAGAGCCUGUACCUGCACAGGUACUAUUUUGAGGUAGAGACCUCCGGGGCGGGCACCUAUGUUGGCCUCACCUGCAGAGGCAUCGACCGGAAGGGGGAUGAGCGCAACGGUUGCAUUUCUGGGAAUGACUUUUCCUGGAGCCUCCACUGGAAUGGGAAGGAGUUCACAGCCUGGCACAGUGACACGGAGACCCCGCUCAAAGCCAGACCUUUCCGGAGGCUGGGGAUCUACGUCGACUUUCCGGGAGGGAUCCUGUCCUUCUACGGCGUGGAGUCUGACGCCAUGACUCUGGUUCACAAGUUUGAGUGCAAGUUUUCGGAGCCGGUCUACCCUGCCUUCUGGCUUUCCAAGAAGGAAAACUCCAUCCGGAUCAUGGAUCUGGGAGAGGAGCCCGAGAAGCCAAUGCCAGCUUCAGUGCAGGCUGCUCCCUAGACUCCAGCCUCCGUCCCUCAGACUCUUACUGACCACAAAAGACGGGACAGCAGCUUGCGUCUUAAGGGUGGCCCCGGGGAUGGAAAUCUCCACCAGAGGAGAAAGGUCUCUGGCUUCUCCCUCCUGCUCCCUGCUGUGCUGUUCUCUCUGUUUGCAGUAAUCCCUAAGCACCUGCCUCCUCUUUCUCACCUUCUAGUGAUAGUCUCCUGUCUGCUCAGGUGCCUAGAUUCAGUAGCCGGGAACCUUCAGAGUGAUCCCAAAAGAUUGCAGAGUAAUCAGAAUAGAUCGCAAGCUCUGUGUUGCACGUCUGGGUGCCGUGAGGCCAUUAUGAACUCACUUAACCUUCACAGCAGCUCAUAUCCUCCUCUUUUGCAGAUGGGGAAACUGUGGUUCGGGCGGGGGUGGGGGGGUGCUGGUCAGUUAACUUGCUCAAAGUCAUUGUGAUCACAUGGUGAGCAAGUGGCAGAGCCGGGACUCGAACCUGGGCAGGUCGGUGCUGAGAUUUUAACCAGUCCCCCACGCUGCCCUCCUCAUUAGAUCAUGGGUAUCGUGGGUAAGGGAAUAAGCCACAUGAUGAACUCCAGGCGUGGACACCGAGUGUCUCGAACCUUCAGUGUCUUAGCAUCCACUCCGUCUGGCUGGGCCACUCAGCUGCGUAGUGGCAGUGACCUCACUACCUCACACAGCAGCUCAUCGUAGUUUUGGAUAGUGAAGAUUAGAAGAAAUGUCUUUAAAAAUUUUUUUUAAAUGUUUAUUUAUUUUUGAGAGAGAGAGAUAGAGUGCGAGUGGGGGAGGGGCAGAGAGAGAGAGGGAGACACAGAAUCCGAAGCAGCUCCAGGCUCCGAGCCAUCAGCACAGAGCCCGAUGCGGGGCAGGGCUUGAACUCAUGAACUUCGAGAUCAUAACCUGAGCCCAAGUCAGACGCUUAACCGACUGAGCCACCCAGGUGCUCCCAGAAGAAAUGUUUUAAUAGAGUCCAAGUCCUAGUCCCUGUGACCUCCGAGGAGGGGUCUCCCCUUGACUAUGUGGACUUGUCUGAUUUCUCAUUCAGAGGACAGACCUUCAACUGUAUGAAGGCAGUUCUCACGCACGUCCCCCAAGGAAGUUUGUUUUCACCCUACGUUUCCCACUUUCCCUUCAUAACUUCUGGGUCUUUUCCUGUGACCUGUGUCAAGGCAAGUUAUCGUCCUCUUUGACAGUCUGAUGGUCCCUUGACUUGUUUCCAGAGACCCUGUCCUAUGUUUGUAUCCAAGGGUCUAUACAGUGGAGGAUUAGAAUUUUCGAUGAAAUUUUGUAAAAUUGGAAUUUAUUGAGUUCAUUUUUUAUUUGAAUUUAAAAUAUUGUUGCAUCAUUGCUGCUUCCAGAGAUACCUUUGAUUCACGACUCUGCGUCCCAUAGGCUGGCACUCCUUCCGAGCCUGGUGUCACCCAUGGAAUUGGUGAACUUUUCUUCUGAAGUCUUAAUCUUGUGGAUCCAUAUUGAUUAGGGUAAGGCUAAAAUACGGAAUCUCUCAGCCCCUGGUCAAUACCUUUUGGGGGUAGUUAUUCAAUAAGUUAUGUUUUGGGAGAACUGUAUACAGCUGUAGCCAACUUAUAAAGCCCACUUUUAGUCCUUUGUCCACCAGACACCCGGAAGGACUUUCCCAAUGGCAAAAAUCAAGACAUGUCCGCAUUUCCUUGCUCACCUGCCUCACAAUGCUCUCGAAAGAGAAAACGAGAUCAGCCCGGCCAGUUUUUACCGAACCACUGAGGUUUGUUGGUAUUGGCUGCUUUAUUUUCUAAAUGCUCACCGACUCCUUCAUUAAACCACUUUAGGAUUCUGCCGUGAGUUCACAUCCAAGUGGAUGAGUGUGUUGUUUCCAGAAUCCACCUUAUUUUUCUCCUUAGAAAUUAAGACACUUUUACGUGUCCCCAUCCUCUACACUUUUCUUAAUGUCUUGAAGGUUACCGCCUGGCUUUUGGUCACAUCGGUAAACUGGGUCAGGGUCAUGAGAUGUAAUUUGUUUAAGUCAGAAUGCUUGAGCUCUUAUAAAGGAACCCUUUGUGACUCGAACUUUAUUUCCCAGCCAGCUCUUUUUGUCCGUUCAGUUUCAGUGUCAACACCUCCCUUCUUGAUAUGAAAGAUCAAAACAGGGGCAUCUGAGUGGCUCCCGUCAGUUGAGCAUCUGACUCUUGAUUUUGGCUCAGGUCAUGAUCUCAGGGUUGUGAGAUCAAGCCCUGCUUCUGGCUCCUCGCUGGGUGUAGAAACUGCUUAAGUAUUCUCUCUUUCCUUCUCCUUCUGCCCUUCCUCUGCUCCCCACCCCCCCCCCCAAAAAAAAGAUCAAAGCAAAACUGAGUGUUAGAAAUACCUACUUUCUUUCUGUCAUUGCCUCAACUGAUGGGUAUAUCUUUUUUCUUACUCUUGGUCCCCAAACUGAAAUUGCCUAAAACAAACAAAUUAAAAAAAACAAAAACAAAAACAGGGCCUAUUUUAUAUUCCGUCAUUUCCCCAAAGCCGUGUGAGUGUGGGGCACUCUUCCGUGUUUACCUACAUUUAUUUCCUCUUCCAUUGUGUAGACGCACUUGGAAACACAAUCUGAACUCAUCAGGAGCUCCUUUUGGUGCGUGAUUGUUUUGUUCCAUUACUAAACCAUUUUUGUGAGCGUAGGGUCAGAAUGCAAUUUUAGCCUCUACGUAAUUUAUUCUUGUCUCAACUUUUUGAGGUUCAAGUGCCCGUGGCAUUCUUUUCCAGGAAUGUUAUGGAAUCUGAGUCAAUUCCCACAUCCUCCCAAGAUCCAUGAUGAAAUGAUGAUACAAAUUUGGGCCCAUUCGUGGAACCCUUCUUUCUUUAACAUGUUCAGCAUGUUUUUGGAAUGACCAUCCUCAAAUCAAAUUGAUUCAACAUAUAUGUUGAAAUAUAUGUUAUGUAUUUAUAACAUGCAAGCUGCUGGGCUGGGCACUAAGAUAUAGCGACCCAGAAGAUAACCAGCUGUACCUUUGGAUCACAGAAGUUGAUUUAACAUUGAAGUGAACGGGCACCUGGUUAAGCCUCCAACUCUUGGUUUCAGCUCAGGUCAUGAUCUCACGGUUUUGUGAGUUUGAGCCCCACGUCAGGCUCUGCACUGACAGCUCUGUCUCCCUUUCUGUCUCCCUCUCUGUCUGCCCCCUCCCUACUCGCCCUGUCUCUGUCUCUCACAAAAUAAAGAAAUAAACUUAAAAAAAAUUGAAGUGAAAAGUGAAUCUGAAGAGCUGAACAGUAAUCCACGAUUCAAGACAAUAAGAGACGAGGCAGUAUUUCCUCCCUCAUUUCCUUGCCUGAUGUACUGCUUCUAAUGUGAUGUUUUCUCAGGCCAUCUUGAGUUUUGAAUUGUGUUGUUGACUGACCAUCUAUCGGAUUGCUCCCCGUCUCUACAACCAACUGUCCCCAUUUCGGGGGUCACCACUCCAGCCCCAUUAGCCAAAGACAGAAGUGGAAGAAAUAGUAGCCUGCACAUUUCCUGCUUCUCCUAGGUCCAUCCAAUUUGAGCAGGACUCCCCUCCCUCCACACCCACGAUGCGUCACGGUGGUGGUGGGGCAGGAGGGUCACCAUAUCGUGUUAGCUGAUAUCCACAUGCAGGGGACACCGUGUAUGGCUCAGGUAGAAUGACCGGCCGGCCAGUCUGUGCUGGGACAUGCUUAGUCUUUAUUUCUGGUUUGUCUGUGGUCUUGCUGAGAAAAUCCACGGUCUCCCUGAAGGGAGGCCACCAGGUUCUGGAAAAGAAGAGGGCAGACAGGUAAUCCAACAAGGACUCAGGGUCAGCAUAGCAGUGAUCGGGCAUUUGAGGUUAAAAAUCUUUCCCCCUAAGUUAAUUAAUGUUGUGACUCUGUUUCCUUGGGGAAAAAAGUGUUUAUAAAAAAAUAAUUUUCAAAAGACCCUACUAAAGCUGCUACAGUCAGACUGUAGUGAACCCCUUAACCUAUCUCAGGUGCUUUGAGUUAUAGCAACUCCGUGUUCUCGUCCUCUUUAAAUUAUAAUGCGCUUUCCAGAAGUUUCCAUAAAAACCCUUGUCAUCCUUUCUCCCAUUCCAGCCAUACCUUCAAGGCCCUCCUCUCUGUGUUUUGCCCCAUCUUUCAUUCAGUCAGUUUCAAGCUUGAUUUUGAAGUUAAAUUUUAUUUUUCCCACAGCAUGCUCUAGUAUUUAGGCAGUGAUAUUUAAAAAAAAAUUUUUUUUUAAUGUUUAUUAUUUUUGAGAGAGAGACAGAGAGCAAGCAGGGAGGGGCAGAGAGAGAGGGAGACACAGAAUCCGAAGCGGGCUCCAGGCUCUGGGCUGUCAGCACAGAGCCCGACAUGGGGCUUGAACUCACGGACCGUGAGAUCAUGACCUGAGCCAUUAUCAAGAGCCAGACACCUAACUGACUGAGCCACCCAGACUCCCCUCAAGUACUAUAUUUGAAUACCAUUUCUUAUUUAAUCUUUGCAGCCCUGUGAGAUAGAUGAUAUUUCCCCUAUUUUAUGGAAUGAAGAGGAAAACACGGGUGGCUCAGAGAGGCCAUGUAACUUGGUCAAGGACACACAGUAAUAACUUUGGAAAGAAUUGAGGAUUUGUUUUUACUUUUACCCUUUUAAAAAAUUUAUUUAUUUAUUAUUAUUUUUUAAUGUUUAUUCAUUUCUGAGACAGUGAGAGACAGAGCAUGAGCAGGGCAGGGGCAGAGAGAGAGGGGGACACAAAAUCCAAAGUAGGCUCCAGGCUCUGAGCUGUCAGCACAGAGCCCCACGCGGGGCUCGAACUCACAGACCGCGAGAUCAAGAGUCACGUGUUCCACUGACUGAGCCUGGCAGGAGACCCUGUGUUUACUUUUAAAACAAAGUUAUGUUCACAGAUUUUGAAUUCUUUUUUUUAAAAUUUUUUUAUUUUACAUUUAUUUAUUUUUGAGAGACAGACAGAACACAAGUGGGGGAGGGGCAGAGAGAGAAGGAGACACAGAAUCCGAAGCAGACCCCAGGCUCUGAGCUGUCAGCACAGAGCCCGACGCGGGGCUCGAACUCACGAACGGUGAGAUCAUGACCUGAGCUGAAGUCCGACGCUUAACCGACUGAGCCACCCAGGCACCCCACAGAUUUUGAAUUCUUAAAGUAUGGUUUCCCCACCAGCAGCAUCGGUACCAUCUGGGAACUUACUGGAAAUGCAAAUUCUCAGGCUCCCAGCCUGGAUUUAGAAUUCAGAUACUCUGGGGGCCGGGCCUAGCAAUCUGCUUUAUUAAGACCUGUAGGGGAUUCUGAAGCAUAUGUAUGUUUGAGGACCACUGGUUUACAUCCAUCUCUUCUCCCUCACCUGCUCUGUUCUCCAAAUACCAAUAGCGAGUGCCUACUCAUUUUAGUACAAGCAGGAAGACAUUUUUGGCCGCCCCAGGCGAACCCUAUCUCCUUAGGAAUUCAGCUAUUUCGGCUAAGUUUAGAACUUUCUGUGCUGUCUGGGUUCUCCCCCUUCGGGAUAAUAAAACAUGUCUAGUCAAUGUC